GUACGUCCGCAUAACGCCAUGUCCUUGGUACCAGAUGUCUCCUAUUAUUCUUGGGCUUUCGCAGCGUUUGGUAUUUACGUGAUCUUCAAACUCCUGCGCUUUGGUUCCCGCGAAGCCCAUCUCCCUCCCGGCCCACCAACAUACCCCAUUGUUGGAAAUGCUCAUCUCGCUGUUGACAAAGACCUCUAUAAACGACUGGAGCGAGCAAUAUGGAGAAGUCUUCGCUCUCAAGAUCGGGAAGGGCACGAUGAUAGUGCUGAACAGCAGACGCGCCGUUCACGACCUGAUAGACAAACGGAGCGCCAUCUAUUCCUCUAGGCCACAGGAUGAGCAGUAUCAUAUCGCACUGAAAGGUGAGAAUAUUGCCAAUAUGGAUGCAGACGCGGGCUGGCGGGCGCAACGCAAGAUCACUGCGCGCUUCUUUGCACCCGCGAAGCUGGAUGGCGAUCUGGCGAAGAUCUCAGAGGCAGAAGUCACGACCCUCAUGCGCGACUUGCUCGUUAAUCCUGAAGAUUUCAGCAAACACAUUGACCGAGCGACUGCCUCCUUCUCUUCUAUUGCAUUGUUUGGACAGCGUGCGAAAUCGCACGACGACUUCUGGGCAACAGGUGCCUACGAGGCUAUGGAAGCGGUCAAUGCAGCAUUAAGUCCAGGAACGUAUCUCCCAACUGAACAAUUUCCGAUCUUCAAAUGGGUACCUAAGAGCUGGCUUAGCUCGACCCUUCGUGCAGAGCAAGGUUUUAGUAUACCGACGAGGAUAUGGACAAAAGCCAGAGAGCAUGUUGAAGCGAGGCGCAAUCACGGUGACAAGCGAGAGUCGCUGAUGGACGAAUUACUAGAGGACGAGAGUAUCAAAGUUGAUACAGCGUUUAGUGGAACAAAGCUUGCAAACUUUGUCGGAGCACUGAUGCAAGCUGCUGCUGAAACCAGUGCACUCACCAUGCGUACGAGCAUCCUCUUUCUUGCCACGCACCCGUGGGUUCAAGACAAAGCCCAGAAAGAAUUAGAUGCUCUCUGCGGCGUGGAUAGGGUGCCUACCUUUGCCGACUUCAAGCAGCUGCCAUAUAUCAACUGCAUCAUGAAAGAAGGCCUGCGGAUACGCCCUGUAGUCCCCACAGGCAUACCCCAUCGAUGCACCGAAGACAACUGGUACGAGGGCAUGUUAAUCCCCGCAGACGCCACAGUAAUGAUUCCCCAGUGGGCCCUCAGCCACUCCCACUACUCUGACCCCUCUGCCUACAACCCCGACCGCUACCUUGCCCAUCCCGGCCUAGCAACCGAAUAUGCCUCCAGCUCCGACUACCUCAACCGCGACCACUACACCUACGGCGCCGGCCGCCGCAUCUGCGCCGGUAUUCACCUUGCGGAGCGCACGCAGUGGCGCAUGCUGGCGCGACUGCUGUGGGCUUUUCGUAUUGAGCAUGCGGUGGAUGAGGCGGGGGUACAGAUUAAGAUUGAUACGGAGGCGUACGAGGAGAAGUUGAUUACGGGACCGAAGCCGUUUCAGGUGCGGUUUAGGCCUAGGAGCGAACAGCAUGUGAGGGUUGUUGAGAGGGAGUUGGAGGCUGUUGGGGGUCUUUUGGAGAAGUGGGAGUAGGGACUCUAGGAUCUAGAAGCUGAAGAUCAAGCUUUUGCUUAUCUGCGCUUGUGCUCAUGUUGAGACUUUGCACAUCGCUGCGUCUUAGAUAGUGACGUUUCGCAGGUGACUGUUAGGGUACGGGGAUAGCGUGGACUGCAGUUCGAUUAUAGUUGUUCGCUAACACAUUGUUGUGGCUAUGUAACCACUGGGUAUCUCACUCUUUUGGCCGUAUUCUCUAUCUCGUAUGUAGGCGAACGCUCGAAGCCAGAUAUGGGCAGGAGUUA